UUGCAGGCUGAAUAUUAUGACGACGAGGAAGAGGAGGAGGAAGAAGAAGAGAGACCUCGCAAGAGAAAAGGUGGCGCAAGAGACUUUCUUCUUGAUGAAGUAGAAGUUGAAUCUGACGAAGAAGAAGAAGCACCAGAGGAAGGCUUGGAGAAUGAAGCGCAGGAAGCAGAAGCAGCGUUGGCUUCUGCCAGAGAAAUUGAGGGACGAAGACGCAGGGAAGAGUUAUGGAAAGGGAUGAAUGAGGACGAAAUUAAUGAAUAUUUCCGGAAAAAAUACGGUAGGUCCACCCAUGCCACCGAAGGUGACGAGGAAAUAUUUGACGACAUAAGUCAACAAGGACUGUUACCAAGCACGACGGACCCUAAUCUUUGGCUGGUCAGGUGUCGCAUUGGAGAAGAAAAGCAGAUAGCGUUGCUGCUGAUGCGCAAGUUUUUAACAUACGAGUGCACUGAGGAGCCACUGCAAAUCAAAUCGGUGAUUGUGAAAGAAGGCUUGAAAGGCAUCAUUUACAUCGAGGCUUACAAGCAGCCCCAUGUUUUACACGCUAUCGAGGGAGUCAGUGCGCUCAAUGCGAAUAAAGUUCAGCUAGUGCCCAUCAAAGAAAUGCCCGACGUUUUGAGGGUUGUCAAAGAUAUCCCUUCACUGAAGCGGGGCAUGUUCGUUCGGCUGAAGCGGACCGUCUUUAAGGACGACCUGGCUCAGGUGGACUUUGUUGACCUGGCGCAAAACACGAUUCACUUGAAACUAAUCCCACGAAUUGAUUACUCGCGAAUGCGUGGAGCACUGCGAGGAACGUGUGAUUUUUCUGAUAGGAGACUUCAGAACAAAGGAAGCGCAAGCGUCGUCCCCCCGCCAAACUCUUUGAUGUCGAUGCUAUCAGAUGGUGAUUUCCUGAUAUUCGAAGGCAACCGAUACAGUCGUCGAGGAUAUCUUUUCAAGCCGUUUCCCAUGAAUGCCAUAAUUGCAGAUGGUAUCAAGCCGUCACUGACAGAAUUAGAAAAAUUUCAAGAGGGGUCUGAAGACCUGAAGACGGAAUUUUCGCUGGAAAGCGACCCUCUUGCCACUAUAAACGUUAACGAGAAAAGGCAUAGCUUUGCCGCUGGUGACAACGUCGAAGUAGUCGAGGGCGAACUGAUGAACCUCCACGGUAAAGUGUUAAAUGUCGACGAAGACAAAGUAAUGAUGCUUCCUGACCACGCGGAUCUGAAGGCAAUAACAAAAAUGGACCCACUCACGUUUUCUGCGCACGAGCUUAAGAAGUACUUCAAAGUGGGCGAUCACGUGAGGGUACUUGCCGGACACUUUGAAAAUGACACCGGUCUCAUCGUUCACGUGGAGGAAAAUCUUGUUAUUUUGCUUUCAGAUCUCACGAUGCAUGAGCUGAAAGUAAGACCAAAGGACGUGCAACUGUGCCAGGAGGUGGCGACUGGAGUCGAUUCGCUUGGCCAAUACCAGUAUGGCGAUUUGAUUCAGAUCGAUCAACAGACGGUCGGCGUUAUCGUUCGUUUGGAGCGAGAAUACGCUCAAGUGUUGAACAUGCAUGGCAAGGUGGUGAGGAUCCGACUGCAAGCCGUGGUUGAUAAGAAAGACUCGCGCUACGCGGUUGCGUUAGACUCUGAUCAGAACAAUAUCAUGAUCGGCGACAUGGUUCGCAUCGUAGAUGGACCUCAUGUGGGAAAACAGGGCGAAAUCAAGCAUUUAUACCGGUCGUACGUUUUUGUGCACUCACGUCUGGGAAAUUUGACUCCGUUCAUGAUAAGUCCUUUGCGAAGUCCCUCUCAUUCAAUGGACGGCGACAAGAAGCUGCCCGCCGCAUCUCCGCGUGCAGGUGGUGGUGCAGGUUCAUAUUCAUACGGCCGAAGCCGCGUACGACGAGACAGUGCGUUAAUUGGCAACAGCAUUAGAAUUACCGAGGGUCCAAUGAAAGCUGCGGGUGGAACCGUGUCCACCUAUGACAAAACUCCUCGAUCUGACAGUGGCAGAACGCCGUUCAAUGAGUUUGGCAAAACACCGAUGUACGGUUCUCAGACGCCAAUGUACGGGUCUCAGACGCCCCUUACUGAAGGUGGACGCACUCCUUAUUACGGCAGUCAGACACCGCUGCACGACCAGGGCAGCAGAACACCCGGACAGUCAGGCGUCUGGGAUCCAAAUAUCACCAACACUCCCGCUAGACAAAGCACUGUCGAUGAUGAUUUCAACUACGACGAAGGACCUUCUUCGACUGCCUACGGGGCGCCGAUGUCUGUUAACCCAUCCACGCCCGGAUACGUAGCGGAGACGCCGUUAGGAGCUUCCGAGUGGGUCAUUGCGGGCGUCGAGGUGACCGUUCGUCAACUGGAUAGCGAUCAGAGUCUAGUCGGGCAGUCCGGCACUGUCCGAAGCGUUACGGGUUCUCUCUGCAGUGUAUGGUUGCCGGAUAUUGGCAAAACGAUCAGCAUAUACGCAUCGAAUUUGGACCCUGUCAAACCUGAGCAAGGCGACAAGGUUGGUGACAGAUAUUUGAGGGUCUGGAUUUUUACUGAUAACAUUAAAGUUAUCGAUGGCGACGAUCGCGAGGUCGCCGGAGAGCUGCUUUCCAUUGAUGGUUUAGAAGGAGUGGUGAAAACUGAUUCAGGCGAUAUCAAACUUUACAACCUGAAUCAUUUGUGCAAAUGUGAUCCAUGA